GGAUGGAUAGCUGUUUGAAGAAACCAAGAUCUGCCCGAUGGACUGAGCCAGGCUGCCGAGUAUUUAUUAUCCAGCCAGCCCAGGUACAGUGAGACUUUCCGGUCCCCUCAAUCAAAUCGUAUCUCGCAGGCACGUUCAGGCACUACUAAAGACCUGUCAUUCCUUUCGAAGGCCCAACUUCCCAGAAUGACCACAUUUCUUUUCCCCCCUGGGGAAAAUGCUGCGGCACCUCGGAAGCGAAGUGGAUAUUGCACUGUUCUAACUGAUAUAAUCCGUGCUGCUGUCGAUGCCAAGAGCGCAUUGGAUAUCGUUGCAAAUCUGUUGCGAGGAGAUGACCAGUAUGGGUUUAGUAAAUUCGAUGCUCACGUUGGGGAAACAGGCUGCCACCUUCGCGCUACCAUGUUGGCAGAAGCAUUUCGUGCCUGCAAAAGCAGCCUGUCAAAGUCGACAUCUACAGACUCUGUACCCAAAUGGAUCGAUAUAACCAUCACAAAUCUUGCUGCCCUUCGCAAAAAUGCCGAACAGCUCUGCUUGGAUUUAACCAAGAAUCGGAAAGAUCCACGCGAUGUUGGACUUGGUUUCAAACAGGAUACACCAGAACAGAUCAUUCGAAUCCUCUUAUCCAGUGAAAUUAUUGGUUCUCAAAAUGUGGUAGCUCAUUCCGAUCACACUCAAUAUGGACUAGAGAGCUUGAUAGUCCGCCUAGGCAAUCCAGAUGACUGCUACCAGGCAACCUGGAACCUAGGAAGCCCCGAGAUCUUGGUCCGCUUUUUUGUUUAUAGUUAUACCCUAUCCAAGUACAAGCGAUUCUUCGUGGGGCCUGAGGGUGAUGGCUGUCGUCUAGAAUUGGGAUUGGUAGCCGAAGAGAACCACCGUCUUGUUAAACCGUUUUGGGAUCUCAGUAAAAAAGAGUACAUGGCAUCUAAGACUUCGCGGAUUCAGAGGGAGUUCACGGCGUUACAAAUUUGGAUUUCAGAACUUAGCUGCAACUGGCUUCGAUCAUUGUCCCACAAAUUGUCCACGGAAUCUAUCCAUUCAAAUAUCGUUCGCACGUCGAUCCGGGCAUCAAGAAAAGGAAUCGUUGCAGGUGCUUCCUUCCCGACGUUCAUACUUCUUCGUGAAGCGUGGGCAGUGUCGUUUGGUUCCAUAGUACUGGUAGAUCGACAUUUCUGCUCCGAAGGGUGGCACUACAACGUUCUAAACUGCCGUCUUCGAAUCCUCGAUCACCAUGACUCACCUAGGCCAUACACACGCUUAGCAUGGGAGCUCCAAGAAACCGAUAUUUCCAGUCUUGGUAAGGAUUGUGAUGAUAUCACGCCUACUAUUGUUAUGAUGGGCUACAGCAUUAGAGGUCGAAACUCAGACUACACGGGUCGAGUUCUCGCGAAAGAAAAAGGCUCCACUGCGUCUUGGCCUCACAGAGAUGAGACCUGUGCAGAAAAUCUCUGCCACCUAUCUGAACUGCUAUCUGCCGAUCACGACCACUUAGCUAUGGCGUUUUUCGCUGCCCACCCGGCGUAUUCCUUCCCUCUGGACGGUCUCGAAACAGAGGAGCAAAUAGUUCAAUUCCUAGUAGCACAGUUUCCUCAACAUCAAGACGCUGCAGCUUUUCAAGACCUGUGGGAGAGACUGUAUUUAGAAGCCGACACGCUAGGCGUGGGCAGAGGCUGCGUUAACAUCAUAGGAUGGCAGCAUAUAUUUGCCGAGACAAGACAUGGGCUGGCUAGAUUGCUGGAAAAAUGGUUGCUAGAUGAGAACUUGAUGCCCUUGUCAGCUAAGUGAUGUCUAUAU